AUGAAUAUCACGAUCGCUACUAUUAUUUUAUUCAUAACACAUAUAACUGGACAACCAACCAAAAGCCAUCGAAGAACGGUUAGGAUAGCAAACGGCGAUCAAUUUUCCAUAGACCAUUAUACAUAUGUUGUCGGUUUAAAAAUUGAGCAUGUUAAUGAAAAUGGCAACGUUGAAAAAAUCUACUGCACUGGUAGCUUAGUAUCACCACUAUUUGUAUUAUCAGCUGCACAUUGUAUUUUGAAAGGGGAUAUUAACAUAGAGGUAAUAAUUAAAAUGUAUUAUAGAUAAUAUGUGAAAAUAUUUACAGACAAAUAUGUUUUUAAAAUUAUUAUCGAUACUGACAACUACAAUAUAUUUUUUUUAUUAUAUUUUAUGUUUACAUUUUUUAUGUAUGUUUUUCUCAUAUAAAUUAUAUUUGAUUAGUUUAAUAUUAUAAUUAUUGUCUAAUAUUAAUAUAUAUUUAUUUAAUAAACGAAAUAAGUUAAUAAUAAUGUAUGGAUAUCUAAAUAAUCAGUUUGAAAAUUUAUUUCCAAUGAACUUAAAAAACAAAAUAAAUCCAUGAUAAUAAAAUGUUUUAUCCUUACAGUUAUUAAUUUUAUUUUUAUAAUUUUAUACAUAGGACCUAAAACGUCGUUCUUAGUAAAAUAAUAAACUAUAAAUAUACAGGUGUGUUACCCUGGCAACCGUACUUUCAAAAUCAUACAUUUCAACCAUGCCGUAUUAAAUACUUUAUUUUGUACAAUUUUAUACGAUCCUCGAAAACCCUCAAAAUUCAAUUUCAUCUUACAGGUACUGUGGUAACUUGUACAAUUUUGUAUAAUUUCCGUACCUAUUAUCGCUAUGAAGAUUUUUCUGUGUGUCAAAACACUAUAUUAAAACAUUUCAAAACUUUACUGGGUAUCUAAAGCAGAAGUUAUUGUAUUGUAUAAUAAUAACAAACAAGGAUCGAUGUGUCUCAAACGUUAUCAGAUUUCACUGGGUAAUGGGUAGGUAGGCACAGCCGUAGUAAAUUAUUUUAUGAUUCAUAAAUAGUGAAAGUAUGAAAAGAAAAUAAUAUUUAGAUAUUAAUUUUUAUUAUAAUUCCAAUUAAUUAUGCGUAGAUAUAGGUACAUAAUUAUUAAUAAUAGGUAAAAUAAAUCGCAUUACUACAUUAAUAGUGCCAAAUGCUGGGGUAAGGUUACCACUGCAUCCGUAAUAAUGAAAUUGAAUUUUGGGGAUUUUCGAGGGUCAUACAAAAUAAAGUGCAUAAUACUGCAUAAUUAGAAUAUAUAUUUUUUAAAGUACCACAAAUGUCUUAUGUGGAACAGACAUUUUACAGAAUGUGAAUAGAAAGAAAUCAUUUUUUUGAAUGAUACGUACAUACCUAUAUUAUUUCCUUAAACAUUUUCUUCGGAACAGACAUUUCAUGGAAAUACAUGCUUUAGUAACAUAAGACUACUAUAGGAAUGAACAAUUUUGAAAACCAUUAAGUAUUUAGAAUAAACAUUUCAUGGAAUAAUACGGUUUUGAAACAAAAAUAAUAGGAUUCACACAGUGCUGAACAGUCAUUGCUUGGAAUCGACAUUUUACGGAAUGAUAUUUUUUACAAUAACAAUGAAUGUAAAGUGAUUAUAGUAGACUUCCUCAAUUUAAAUUUUUGCCGAUCUAAAAUAUCUAGAAUGAAGACGAAGGAGAAGAAGAAGAAGAUUAAAUAAUUAUUUGAUUCUGAAAAACGUCUGUUCCAUUUAGUAAUAUUCCAAUGAAUUACGACACUCCCCAUAAAUAAGUUAAAAAUAAGUGACAAAUACUAAUUUAGUAUAAUAAAAUAUUUUAUUCACUUAUUUAAUUAUUUAAAUAUACUUGUAUUACUUGUAUUAGGUCUACAGAAAUAAUCCACGCAAUAAUUUGACAGAUGAAAAACGAAUUGUGGUUAAAUUAUUUAAACAUUCCUUAUUCAACGAAACAAGCUUAGUUUCGGAUUUAUGUUUAUUAAAGGUUUGUAAGAAAAUUUCAUUUUUUAUUUAUUUAACUUCCCACCUUUCUGUUUAUUUUAUAUAUUUUUACUAGCUGAAUUACCCGGUAUUUCCAGGACUUACCUUUAUCCCUAUCACAGUCAAUAGUUAUUUCUAGGUAAUUUUCUUUUAAAAAGAGUUUAAAAAUUCCUUGUCCGUGAAUAAUUAAAAAUAGGUACUGUCUUUUUUCCUUGUCACCAAGAUAACCCAUAAAUCAACAAUAAAAAUUAAAUUUUCAUUCCAAAAGUACUAAAAAUUCUUUGUCGUCCACUCUUAAGGGGGUUGAAUUUCGAGAUUAAAAGUAAACAGCAACCUUCUUCUUGUUUUGAAUGUCAAAUAUGCAAAGUUUCAUUCAGAUCGAAAUAAUAUUAUACAUCUUGAUAAAAACUCAACAUAAAUCCACUUGAUUUUAUAAAUACAGAGCGACCAUUAAGCAUGCGCUUCCACUUUUUAUAGUUAAAUUUUGCAUAUAUUAAAAUUCUAAUUUUUGGAAUCUUUAAGUGUAGACGCGAAGUCAAAACUGUUAUUUUCAGAUACUUAGAAUUUGACAGUAUUUAAGCCUUAAUGAGUAUCCUAUAGUGAUACCAAUUUUAGUUUUCCAACAGAUAACCUAUAUCAAAAAUUCCAUAAACAAAUUGAGGUAGGUUAGGUAUUGACAUUUUCGAUUUUCGUUAACCCGGUGGGAACGCUAUUAAAACGACACUCGUCGUGCCGCCACAGUUACAUACCAAUAAUUGGUGUGUGUUAUUAUUAUGCUUUUUAGACUGUCAUCCUUAGUAUUUUAAAGUAGAAUAACUUGGAAACUUUUCGUUCAAAUUUCAAUUACAAUACAUCUAUAUCGUAAGAAAAUCAUCUGAUUUACAAUUUCCAUUAAAACAUGUAGAUUCUCGUUUGAAAAACCAAAUUCAAUAUCACCUUCUUAAAUGUUGUGAAAAAUCUAAGUAUUCGAAAAUAUCGACUUUGAAUACACUUAGAAAUUUCAAAAAUCAAAAUUUGAAAACACAAAAUUCAACGAUAAAAAUGGUGUGAGAAGGCUUAAUGAAUCACCUGUACUAUAUGUAUUGAUAAAUUGUCAAUGCCUGCAUUAUAAUUCGGCAAAAUAAUUUAUAUAAAUAUUUUAUUUCAUUUUCUAAGACAUACUUAUGGUAUUUUAAACUUAAUUGCCAUUUCCUUUUUUUUACUUGUAAAUGUAAUAGAUAAGGAUAGGUAAUAUUGUUAUAAUACCCUUUAAGGUAGUCAGACAUCUUAUGUUUGUGAGAACUGUGCUUUUGUCAGUAUUUUAAUUUGGUGAAUUAUACAAAGGAAAACACUAUGAGAGAUUUACGAACAUAAUAUAAUACCAAACUAAAGAGUAAGGAAUAAGUUUACAGUUUCUAAGGUUGAAAGAUUUAUUACCGCAAUCUCAUAUAAUAUGUACCUAUAGUACCUAUACAUACCUUAUAGGUAUGUAAGAAAUUGAGUCGAAUUUAUAUUUACUAUGGUACAAGGAAUAUACCUAUACUACAAAAUUUUGAAAAUGUAUCAGAAUUAUUUUUAAUUAUAAUAUCAAGAUUAUUAAAAUCAAAAUUUGAUAACUAUGAAGAUAUUGAGGUGGAUUCACAAAAAAUAACUAGAAUGGAACUAUCUAAACAAAUGACAUUUCAUUCAAACGCGGUUUUGGAAAAUGGAUCUAAAAUAAAUGAAAUAUGUAACAAUAACUAUAAUAAUUUUAAUAAUAAAUAAUAAGUAUAUACAAUUCGUUCCAAGGCAUUUAUAAAAUAAAAACUUACAUGAGAUAAAUAAGGAAAUGAAUAUUAGAUACCUAUUAACCAAAAGUGGGUAGACAUAAUAGCGACAAAUAAAAUAGUGGAAAUAGUUUUAAAAAUGAAUACAAAGCACAGACACAAAAAUCCGUCACUUUAAAAUCAUUACGCUACUCACUAUGUUCAAAAUCUAAAUUAAUCUAAUUUUUAGGUAAACUUGAAAAUAAUAAAGAAAUGUAUUCCAAAAAUCCGCUGUUUAAAUGUAUGAAAACAUUUAAGGCAUUUAUCAUUAUAUUUAAGAAGUUUUUUUUUUUUUUUAAUUCAUAUUCUGAACAAAUUCCUUCAGAAAAUAUCAAAACGAACGAAAAAUAUGUAUAUUUCACCUAAAAUUCUUUUCAAAAUAACUUUCAACUUCAGACGUACCUAUUUACUUGAUAUAAAUUAAAUACGAUUGUUGUAUAUAAUAUAGAAUUUUAAAUUAUUUAAUAUUAAUAAUUUAUCAUUUUUCCAUUAGAUAAACGCACCAUUCAGAAAUAUUACCAGCUAUGCAAUGGUCUCUGGGUAUCCUAGUCCUGAGCUUUUCGGAAACGAAACAACGUUAACUUGUAUCAUAUUAGGCUGGGGUUUUAAUGAAUUCGGUUACCCAACAGACAUGGCAAAUGUAGCACCUGUUCGAGUAAAAUACGGGCCCGAUGCUUGUGAGGUGCCACCAGAUAAGUAUUUACUUUCUUCGGACCAUUCGUUCGAAAAUAAUUAAAUAAUAAUUAUUUAUUUGAAUUGUUAUAGUAAAUUCAUAAACGAUUUUGUUGAACAAACUUGGAAGGAAUUUCUGUGUGCUGUACCUGACAAUCGCAUGACAUGCAUUGGAGAUAGUGGAGGUGCUUUAAUGUGUCAAGGAUAUUUGUUCGGUAUAACUAGUCACGGUUAUAAUUAUUAUCCUGGAAUGGGUGACUUGAAAAUCAAAUGCGGUGAUUCUCGUGUUCAAACAAGAUUUUUAUUUGUCUAUAAUUAUCAAAAAUGGAUUGAUGAUAUCCUAUAUGAAACAUCCGGUACUAUAAACUACAAAUAUUCUUUGUUCGUUUUAACUAUUUGGAUAAGUUUAUAUAUAUUGUAAAAAUGUGUAAUAAAAUAAACGGCGUUUAAAUUUAAACUACACAAACGUGUAUAUGAUAAUUUUUGUAUAAUAUCAUGAAACAUUUCUUUUUUAAAUAUUUAAAAAUUAAUAAAUUUAGUGUUGUAUAAAGCAUACAUUAUAAGGUUCUCUAACUCGACUUUUAAGAUUUAAUUACUCGGAUCUUUUUAGUUCGUAAAUGUAUUUUUACACUAGGUAUUAAUUUGUAUCUAACAAGCUAUUUUAAAACGGGUUUUGCAUAACCACAGUAUUUGAAAACUUUGGAAACAUUUUUUAUUUUUUUUAUGACCAUACAGCGUAGAACUAUUUGCUAACUUUUUAGAUACUCUAUGUAAACAAAAUGUACCUACCUAUUUUUAAUAAAAACUUAGUUGAAAAACAAAAAUCAAUUUUAGUGUAGGUGUAUUAAGUUUAGUGGGUAUACCAUUUUGUGCUUGGUAACAGCAACUGAACUAUGAUGGAAAUGUGAUACCAAAGUAAGUUAUAUGACAUUAUAUUUUUAUAAAACAAACACAAAUAAUUAUUUUAAUCAAAAAUAUCUAUAUAUAUAUAUAUAUAUAUUACAACUAACUUAAUAUAAAAUAAAAUAAGUAACAUAACAUCUAUACAAUAUUUUUACAGUAAUAAAUACUAUAUAGAUAUUUAUUGUUUUUCCAAACAGAAUUUCUAAAACUACCAAAUCCAAAUAUAAUAAAAAAUUAACACAAACAUAUAAAAUACAUUCUGUAACAAAUAAUUUUCCUUCUAAUUGAUUAAACAGAUACACAAAAAUAACAAUAUAUUAUACAACAUUUGUACAGAAAAAUAUUAAAUACCUACUAUGUAUUAUCAUAAGAUCAUAAGACCACUUAAUUUUUACAAUUUCUCGAAUAAAUGAUCGAAUAUUUAUUUACUCCAAUGAUUCGGAUAAUAAUCAUAAUAAUAUUUUUAGAAAUUUUACCCGCCAUCUAAUGUAUAUAACACAAGUAAUAUUUUAUUCAAACCAAAUUUAUUUCGCUCAUAAUUUACAAAAUGUAUGACUCGUGUACUUACUCCAUGCUUUCUAUAGGAAUUCACAUUUAAAACAAACAAACACCAACUUACGCACACCGGUGACGUAAAUAUCAUAAUGUGGUGGUUGGGAUGGUAGGAGGCAGUUAUAGCCACUGCGUGUAAUUAACAUAAUAACAAAUUAAACAGGGUACCGAUGGAAGGGGUUGGAGGAUGAGCAAACGACCGGUUGAGAACUGGGUAGUAGAAACGCACUCAUAAUUUAUGAACGUCCGGGUAAUUUUGUGCUGAUUGUGAAUGGGUGCCACCGCGUGUUAUCUGAAAGAGGGUUGGUUAAUGUCCCGUAGAAGUCCAAAAAAAUAAAAGUCAGUUCUUACACUUGGUUUUUACCUAAAAAUACAAACAAACAAAAAUACUACCAAAAGUGAAAUAAUGUACAGGAAAAAAAAUAGGACAUCUUGCUCAUUAUCCAUACUAAGAAUACUUUUAACAAACGGAAAUAAUUGAUAAACCUAGUUAAUAUCUAUUUAAUCCUACCUAGACACCUACCGCAAUACUUUAGAUUCUAAAACAACACCAAUUGAUAAAAUCUGUGUAGUUUUACAAUACAUAGGUAUCGCAAUAUUGCAUAUAAUAAAAUAAUUCGUUAUGCUUAUAAUAUUUAAUAAUACCUAUUGGCUAUUACGUUAUUUUUGAAUAUAAUACGAUAUUAUAAUCUAUAGAAUCACGGUAACAAAUAUAAGUAAAAUAACGAUUAAUACAAUUCGUAACUUAUUAUUGUUUAAUUAAAAUUAUAUUGCGAUUUCCCUAUUUCUUUUUUAUUUCCUUUUUUUUUUUAUUCGGUUCAACGGUUCAAGUAUUUCAUUAAGUUUUAAUUAAAAAUUAAACAAAUUGUUAUUUUUCCGGCUGGUGUUUGUUUGAAGAACAAAAAAAAAGUAACCAAACGACGAGCCGAAACAACGAUGCGAAUCUUAGAUAUUCCUGCAGCGACAAGAAAAAUUGACUUUAAAAGUUAAAUUUUCAAAAAGUCAACAGAAAUGUCCCGACUUUUAUCAUAACGAACCUGCUGUGUACCUAUACAUAUAUAUGUCGACUGUUACCGAGUCUGGAUAAUUUUUAUUUGGUUUACACGUAUAUAUAUAUAUAUAUAUAUAUAUUAUAUUAUUUACGCUACACAUAAAUAUAUAUUAUAAUAUAUAAAAUAUGCACUUUUACUUGUCUAUUGUAGGGGAUAUUCAUAAAUUGCCUGUCAGUUGACAGCGUAUAAUUAAAUAUCAUUUAAGUGCUUUUCCCGGGUGUAAAGGAUAGGAGAGGGUAGCUGGAGGAGUGAGAGAGAGAGAGAGAGAGAGAGAGCUUUGUUUCAACACAGUACUAUAUAGUCGGGGACGAGAGGGUGUUACUUUGCGGUUGUGUCGCCCCGCACGCACGACAACGUUUGACCCUAAAUCGUUAUCUCGUGGCGUCUCAUAUAAUUUACAAACAAGUGCUUCCAUGUACCAUCAUCUCCUCGAAGGCAUCGGGAUUUACAUAUUUAAAUUCACGAUAUGUUAAAUAGAUGUGUAGAAAUACUCGUAAAUAAACUUUUUUCAAAGAAAACGUUUUAAAUUCCGACAUCUACAGAUAUGUUAGACAAUUUAAUAUACCUAGCUAUAAGAUAAUAUUUAUUAUUUAGUUAAAUAGUACCUAUGCGUAACGCGUAUCGAUAAUAAGUAAUAUAAUACAAUUAUUUUCGAAAAAUUUAAGAAAAAAAUUACCCGGGUAUUAAUAACAUUUAACAUUUGUAUUUAUAACACCAGGUAUUUUUUUUACAAUAACGAUUUUUUUUUUGGCCAACAUAUUUUGGAACUCAAAAAGUUUUACGUAGAUAUUUAAUUUAACUGCGCAGUUUGAAGUCCAGAUAUAGGUAGUAUAGUUUUAAAGUUGUAAUUUUUAACAUUUCCCUGGUCGAUGCAUUUAUAAAAUUCCGAAAAACUUAAAAAACGACUAGUAAACAAAAUAAGAACGCUUUUUAAAUUAAUUCUAACUAUCUCUUGCACUAUAUUAGAAUUGCUUUCGAAUACACGUCCUUAAUUAUUUCAUUUGAACGUCUUUAUUUACACCAUAUACCGCAUGUCACAAUAAAAAAGGUCGUAUCUUUAAGGUACCUAGUUAUCUAGUCGUCCGAAGAAAUUAUUAUAUAUUAGAAGUUGAAAAAAGUAGAAACAACCUUUUUCGUUACGGCGGGAGAUGUGCAAUGAUUAAUGAUUAUACAUAUUGCAUAUAGUACCAAAGGUAAGAAAUAAAGCGAAGUGAGUAUUCAACGACAGACGAGUAAAAUUACUAUUAUUCGAUCUUUUAGAUUCUGAAAUUAUAGAUUAUAUAUUAUUAAUGUUUUACUAUAAUGUGUGCUUAUUUAUUAUUACUAUUUAUUGUUGUAUGCCUAUGAAUAACUUUUCCACCAGAAAUCUUGCCCUAAUCAAAAAAUGACAAGACAGCCUUUAUGUUGGUGCAUUUGGGAAGGGGGUACAUUAGAUAUGCCUUAUAUUUUAUUCGUUUUUAAUAAUUUUACGUUACAACGUAUUGUUAUCCCAAUACAUAAAUUGGUAAAAAAAAAAUUACUUAUAUUAGAGUUGUCUUACAAAAUGUUGCCGACCAUGUAAAAUUGGGUUUGUAAUAUGGUCCCGAUAAUUAGUUAUAAAUCCAAUCCUUAAAACGAGGCAACGAAAAUUCUCUGAGAAAACAUAUUUUACAAAAAUCACAUGAGAAACGUUAAGAUACAAAGAGUGGAAUAAGAUAACAGAUAUUUGAAAGUUAACCAUAAUAGCUAUAGGGAUUAAAUACAAAAGUUGUCUUAUAAUAAGUCAUUGAAUCUAAUUUAUAUCCUGAUUACACAUAAAAGUUACAAUUAAAUAAAUGCACUUUCGAAGCAAUGGUUUUUUUUUUAUAACAACAAAAUAUAAUUGACAAUAUUCUUACGAAAACAAAUGUAGAUCCUACACCGCUAUUAAAACUUACGGCUGAUUAUUCAACUGUUUUUAAAAUAAACUAAGUUAAUACUGACUUUAGAUUAAAAUAUUAAAAUAUUUUUAGAUCAAGGAUUCUGUCGGGAAAUAAAUGUUUUUACGGAUUUACAAAAAUAUUGGAGUGACGGUCACUGUCGAAAUAAAUGAAAAUACUACUAUCUAUUGUAUUACACUUUUGCACUUAAUAUAAUUACAUACGGAACAAAAACAUUGAUAUUAAGCAAAACUGAAGAAAAAAAAUCAUUGUUUUAGAGAGAAAAAUUCUAAGAAAAAUAUUUGGUAUACUGAAAGACGAGAAAACUGCCGAAUGGAGAAAAAGAAAAAAUAAAGAAUUAAAGAAACUCUUCCAGAAACCUAACAUAUUAAGUACAAUCCAAAGUAGAAAAUUGCAUGAGGUGGGUCACGCAUAGUACAGUCAGAACCCACUAUUGCGCAAGUUGAUGGCAAAGAAUCCUAAUGGGAAAAGACCUCUUGAAUGUCACCGUUUGAGAUGGGAAGACGUAUUGAGGACAGACAUGGAAUCUCUAGGUGAAGGUCUGGACUGGUAUUAG